AGCUCGUCAAGGAGGCGGCAGCCAAGCACAGGCAGAAGUGAAAAAGAAACAAAAAACUGGGAAAUUUUGCUCAGUGUAAGGGAAGACGCAGAGGCAGAGCAGCAAACCAACCACCUAACAGCAGCGACAGCGGCAGAGACGACAUCGAAUUCCGGCACCUUAUAAAUACUGAGAGCCAGACGCGGCCGCUUUCAUUCUCUUGUAGUGUUUAAAGUGACAUGAAAGUGACGACAUUGGUGCACUGUAACAAGUCAUGUAUCAGCAUGUCCUACCAAACAACACAAUUCAUAUUCAUGCCAAUGGACAUAAUGUGCCAACAAAAGCAACGAGCAACGGGACAAUGUGUGCCAAUGGGACUCUUGGGACAGAAGGGCCCGAAGCGACAGAGACCGACUCAUCAGGGACCGGGCGGAUGCGGAAGCCGCUGGAGAGGAAUGGCUCAACGCCGAACGACGCUGUUCACCUCGAGAGAAGGCUGGGCCUCUUCAGUGGGGUGGCUUUAAUUGUUGGAACUAUGAUAGGGUCUGGAAUAUUUGUGUCACCCUCCGGCUUACUGGUUCGCACUGGUUCCGUUGGAAUUAGCUUUUUAAUCUGGCUUGCCUGUGGUUUGCUCUCUUUGCUGGGCGCUCUGGCAUACGCUGAACUUGGUACAAUGAACACAUCAUCUGGCGCUGAAUGGGCAUACUUCAUGGACGCCUACGGACCGGCACCGGCGUUUUUAUUUUCAUGGGUAUCCACAUUGGUGUUGAAGCCAUCACAAAUGGCUAUAAUAUGCUUAUCAUUUGCACAGUAUGCCGUUGAGGCCUUUGUCACGGAAUGUGAUCCGCCCAUGGGUGUUGUCAAAAUGGUCGCUCUGGUGGCGAUUGUCAUGAUACUGUUUGUCAAUUGCUACAGCGUUAAUCUGGGAAUGGCCGUACAGAAUGUUUUUACGGCCGCCAAACUGGUGGCCGUGGUCAUUGUGAUCUGCGGUGGGGCCUGGAAACUGUUUCAGGGCAACACACAGCAUCUGACGAAUGCAUUUAGUGAGCCGGCGCCGAACUUUGGCGCCAUUGCGACAGCAUUUUACACAGGCCUCUGGGCGUACGACGGGUGGAAUAAUCUAAACUAUGUGACCGAAGAGAUUCAGAAUCCGAGCAAGAACCUGCCACGCUCCAUCAUGAUUGGCAUACCGUUGGUCACCCUCUGUUAUGCUUUGAUCAACAUCAGUUAUCUGGCAGCCAUGUCUCCCACCGAAAUGAUCGACUCUGAGGCGGUGGCCGUUACCUUUGGCAAUCGAAUCUUGGGCGCCAUGGCCUGGCUAAUGCCGCUCAGCGUCACAAUCAGCACCUUUGGCAGCGCCAAUGGAACGCUCUUUGCUGCGGGGCGUUUGUGCUUUGCUGCCAGUCGCGAGGGACAUCUACUCGAUAUUCUGUCGUAUGUCCAUAUACGUCGGCUAACGCCAGCGCCCGGCCUAAUAUUCCACUCAUUGAUCGCCUCGGCUAUGGUAUUGUAUGGCACCAUCGACUCGCUGAUUGAUUUCUUCAGCUUCACCGCUUGGAUAUUUUACGGCGGCGCCAUGCUGGCACUCAUCGUGAUGCGCUUCACCAAACCCAACUAUCCACGGCCCUACAAAGUGCCAAUUAUCAUUCCCGUUGUGGUCUUGGUCAUAUCCAUGUAUCUCGUUGUGGCGCCAAUUAUCGAUACGCCGCGCAUUGAGUAUUUAUAUGCGGUCCUCUUUAUCCUUACGGGGCUGAUCUUCUAUGUGCCGUUCGUUAAGCUGGGCAUGACACCGCGUUUCAUGAACAAAGUAACGCUGUUCUUUCAGCUGCUGCUGGAAGUGGUGCCUACCUCAUCGAUGGCUAUGUUCGAGUGAUUCUGCAAAAAUUGUGCUCAACACGUAUGUAAGAACAAGUUACAAGAAUGACGGGGAAGUGAGAUAUGAAUGAAUGGAUAUAAAAGGGAGAAAGAGAGAGAGAGAGAGAAAGAGAAAAGUAGAAUGUACUUAGUUGUUCGGAAGCUAAGCAACAAAAAAAAAACCUAAACAAAAAGCAAAGCAAACAUUCAUAAUUAUUUACAAGAAAAAACAAAAAAUAGGAAAAAAAUCCUAUAAUUAUAUAUUUAAAAAAAGAAAACAACAAAAAAACAAAAACAAAGAGUAACCUUUAUUGAUAUAUUGACGUUGACAUUAUGUGAGAAUGAUAUGAUGGCAAACUAUUUGAAAUAGUUUGGACACAAAUAUUCAGAGCGUGUUGUUAUGCUACGAGCUGGUUACAUUCAAAUUAUUACUAUAUAGUAUAUACAUAUAUUUACAUAUACCUAGUACAUGCCUAUAUAUGUAUGUAUGUAGUAUUGUAUGUAUAGAAUGUAUAUAGCAAAGUUAUGAUAUAUGGCAAGCUGGAAAAAAAAAAUAAAAAAUCCAAAAAAACCUUAGGCUAGCCAUAUAUUAUAUGCAUAGUUGAUAUAUAUACAUAUAUUUAUGAUUUAUAAGUUAACCCAAAAACCAGCAAAAACAAAUGACAGACAAAGUGAAAAAAUAUUAAAUAAAAUCUAUAACUAUUGAUAUGUCCAAUGUAAAUUGUUCUCGAAAUGUUACUUGCCCAGAGACAGCAGAGGCGGGGAGCGUGGCAAGCUGGCGGAGAAAUUGAGUUUGAGGUUAUGUAGAAAGAAGGCAAAUCCAGCUACAAUAAAAACUACAGUCUCAGCUGGUAACUACAUAGUAUAUACUAUACAUAGGUAUUGAGGAAAAGUUCGUGCAGUACAGUCCAGUCUUGCGGUCCAAACAAAAAGCAAACUAAAUCUCAAUCAAUGAAGUUCCAAAGAAAAUAAAACAAGUACAGUUACACCGUUACAGUUACAAGACGAACACCCACCAACAGAGCCAAGAACUCAAAGGAUCCCAGUCUUAACGCCACCACCAAUUUGUUAAAUUUAACAAUCUGCUCGAAAUGUUUGCGCCAAGAUCUGAAAAAAAUUUAAUUUUGAAUAGCAAUAUUUUAGUAGGAAUAGAGAUGAACAAAAAACAGAAAACAAACCAAAAAAUAUAUAUACACAAGUAUAUUGAAAAAAAAACUGAAUGUUUCUAACUCGAGCUCGAUGAGCGCUAUUUGUGACGAAAUCGUAGGACUGCAAAUAGGCAUUAGAAGAAAUUUGUAAUUGAUACCAAAGUAAGGUUUAGAGCAAGAUUUAAAACGAAUUAAAAAGAGGAGAAAGCGCAACAACAACAAAAAACAGUAAAACCGUAAACAAAAAAAUGCAAUACAUACAUAUUUGUAUGAACAUACUUGUUAAAUUUUUGUAGUGCUUUGACAAAUGUUGAAAACUAUUUUACAAAGCGCGGUCGGAGGAAGAGGAAGAAUGCCGCUGCAAAUACUAACGGUAUAUCGCAUGUACUAUGUAUACAAAUGUAAUUUUUGUUCUCUCUCGUUUUAAACGCUUAUACAUAGCUUAGAAAAAGACAAAGCAUAUGCUUGCCAUCUCGCUCUAGCGCAGGCAAAAUGCUCUCGCGCUCACACACAUGCGUUCGGCGUACUAUUUCUGUAUAAUUCAUUCUUUCUUGUUUUCUAUUCAUUAUUUUUUUUUCUCCUAAAUGACUAUUUUUCUGUUUUACUACAUAUGGGUACAUUAAUAUUUAAUGCUGGAUAAAACUAUUAUUAUAUGUAUGUAUGACCACAGAACGGUGUAAUAAAUAAUUAUCUGUUAAGUUUUUAAAUUUUAUAAUUUUUAUGAUGUCUACAAGAUUUACAAGAGAAAUUAAAACCAUAGCAAACAGAAAAUCUCUCUAUCUCUAUAUACAUACAUAUAUAGAUAUAGAUAUACAGUAUAGUAUAUAUAUACAUGUAAUGAAUAUGAAUUGUAUUAUAACAGAACAAUUUACGAAAUAAAGUUUUUGAAACAA